GUGAAAUAAAAAUCAUUACAGCAGUGCUUAAAAACGACAGAGACUUGGAGAGAGAGACAGAACUGCACAGAACCACCACAGCUCAACGUCCAGAGAUUCUUCUGCAGAAAAAAGAUGCUGUGUGAAGGUAAGCUGUGGAGUCUGGUGUUUGAAGCUGAACCAGAGUGUGUAACUCCUCCUUCAUGCUGCACAGUCACAGCACCAUCAUCGUCUCCACCGAGUCACCUCCGCUCAGGACAAAACCUCAUGCAAUCAUCCCUAAAGAAUACAUCUCAGACCAAGACCCUGGAGAGCGGUGCCAAUUCUUCUCCCACAGACACUGCAGCAGGGCGGCCACUCACCAUAGGUGUGGAUAUCCCCAGGCAUUCAGACACCCCAGAAGCUGAGGCCUUUUUGGUGCCUUCAAGCUGUCACAGCAUUUGCCAGCAUUACAGCGAUUUACAUAUUGCUGGUGGCCAGGUGUUGCCACUCAGCCCUGGCGCAGGAGAUGUACAGGGCAAUCUCAUUCAGGACGCCCAGCCUGGGCCCUUCCUUCUAUCUGAAGAUGUUCCCUCCCCUUCCCUCCUGCCUCCUCUUGUCCACGAAUACAGGAGUUCGAGGCGCUGGAGGGAAGAAAGUGGGCGCGAGCGUCCCUCUCUUCUGCAGUUCAGCCGGCCCCUCUCUAACUCGCAGCUCAACGGCUACCUGGAACAGAAACUUCUGGAGCUGUACAAGGAAUACAUGACCGAAGGGCCCGCGGCUACCAAGCCUGUCAUGGCUUCUGAGCUACUGCAGACCAGCCUGGACCAGAUGACUCUCCAGCUGAGCCGUGAGCAGAACAUGGAGACGGCACGGGCCAAAGACAUGCUGCUCAGCUGCCUGAUGAAAGUCACCAGCAGUUACCAGUCGAGCGAGAUCAGCACUCCUCUACUGCAGAUCUCCACUAACACAAAGUGAGCCUGACAGUGGAAAGAGAUGGAAAGACAGAGAGGUGGAAAAAACUCUGGGGCAGUAAGACCAAGGAGAUGAAAAAAAAACAAAAAAACCAGCAUAUGCUGGUUAGUUAUGUUUUGAAGCAUGGCAGCUGGUUUGAGAUGGUUUAAGCUGGUCCUUAGUUGGUCAUGAGCUGGUUUAAAGUUGAC